GUCAUACGCAGCGUCCCACGUAUCGGACGAAGUCCGAACGAGAGAUCAUGAUCUGCUUAGAUGGAAGAAUUCAGUGGUCGCGAUGGUUGGAGUAAACAGUGAUAAGCCUGAGUGUUCUACCGAGCAUCUCCGAAAUGGAUUUGGACAAGCUAUCCGAUAUCGCAGCUUUGGAUUGCCAGUACUUAUCUUUGGAGAAACGUGUAGAGUUCCUGUCAGGCCCUGGAUGAAGCCAAGGUUUGACUGGCCAAGCGGUGUUCCUGAUCGAUCGCCCCAUGCUUUCCCGCUGUGGCCCAUCAAACGGCAUCAAAUUUUCCAAAAUGAGUUGCUCUAUCUGGUCGGUUAAACGCAUGACCGAUCGCGCUGGAGAAAUUUCAUCUGCCUAAGUUUGCUAGCAUCAUGCUGUCCUGGGACAAGUCUUAUCAGAGAGCUACUGUGCUCUGUGGGAGACGCGCUUUCGCCUUUCUUUCCCCCACACCACCGCCAUGGUUGGUUUCCUGCAUACCGUGAACGCAGUGGUUGCGGACUCGUACGUGGGCAGAUGGUUCCGUUUAGAGGGAUCGGGACAUCCGAGGGAACGAAUUGGUUCGAGGUUCUUGACUGAACUUCGUGCCGGUUUGACAACAUGGGCUGCCAUGGCCUACAUCAUUUCCGUCAAUGCCUCCAUCAUCGCCGAUACAGGAGGAACCUGCGUUUGCGAGGCAGACGACUUAUGCGUGGCGGACCCAGUGUACCUCGACUGUGUUGCAGACGUCCGCAGAGAUUUGAUCACCUCCACUGCAGCCGUUUCCGCCUUAGCUUCGUUCCUGAUGGGCUUGCUCGCUAACCUUCCCGUGGGUAUGGCGCCUGGUUUGGGUUUGAACGCCUAUUUCGCCUACUCCGUUGUCGGGUUUCAUGGAAGUGGUAUCAUCACUUACAAAGAAGCUCUAGCAGCAGUCUUCCUCGAGGGAUGGAUAUUCUUCUUCCUAUCACUACUCGGUCUUCGACAAUGGCUUGCACGUAUCAUGCCUCAAUCGCUCGUCAUGGCCGUUGGCGCGGGUAUCGGUUUCUUCAUUGCCUUCAUUGGUCUAUCAUCUGGCGGUAUAGGCGUCAUUGGUGGUGACAAGACAAACUUUGUAGGACUCGGUGGUUGCAAACCCGAAGACAUGCUCCCGGAUCUACCCAACUUCUGUAACUCUCGCGUCCUCCAAAGUCCCACUGUCUGGCUUGGCAUUUUCCUCGGUGGUAUCCUCACUGUCUUCCUCAUGCUCUACCGUAUCAAGGGUGCCAUCCUCAUCGGUAUCUUCAUCACAAGUAUUGUCAGUUGGCCUCGUCCAACAGCUAUAACCUACUUCCCUCAUACCCCUGCGGGCGAUAGCAGUUUCGAUUUCUUCAAGAAGGUUGUCACAUUCAGACCUUUGGAGAAGAUCGGCGGAGCUGUUGACUUCAACUACGGAAAUGGUCGUGUUUGGUACGCUCUAAUCACGUUCCUCUAUGUCGAUAUCCUUGAUACCACCGGAACGCUCUACUCCAUGGCCAAAUUCGCCGGUCUCCGUGAUCCCGUUACGCUUGACUUCGAAGGGUCCACUAUCGCCUACUGUGUCGACGCCUUCACCAUCUCUAUGGGUGCACUCAUGGGUACUUCACCUGUUACGGCAUUCGUGGAGAGUGCCACGGGUAUCAGUGAAGGUGGAAAAACUGGUCUUACCGCUAUCACUACUGGCAUCGCGUUCUUCAUCUCCAUCUUCUUCGCACCUAUAUUCGCGUCCAUCCCGCCUUGGGCUACGGGUGGUGCGCUUGUCAUCGUCGGUUCUCUCAUGAUCAGAAACGUGCGCGAGAUCAACUGGGACUACCCGGGAGACUCUGUUCCUGCGUUCCUUACCCUGAUCAUCAUCCCUCUCACCUACAACAUCGCGUACGGUGUCAUCGCCGGUAUCAUCUCCUACGUCCUCCUCAACGGUACCGCGUUGGUCCUGCGCAAGAUCAGCAACGAUCGCAUCCUUCCACCUACGUACGACUCUUCUGAGCCUUGGGUCAUUCCUCCUGGUGGCAUCGUCCCCACAUGGAUGAAGGUGGUCUACAACGCCGCCCGUGACACUGCCAUCCAUGAUCAAAACAAGGAGAGUGGCGGAUACCCAGUAACGAUGGAAAAAGAACCUGUAGAGCAACUCUCACCUCUUUCUCAUCAUCAUUAGGGUGGACAAGAUAACCAGGUCGGACGGUCCACCGUCUAUAAUGCUUUCUAGAUUUCUUUAUAGGUUUUCAGCCAACUUGAACCGGGUAAUUAUACAUACUAUUGUUUUUCUUCUGUACGACUUCUUGGAUGUUGUACUUACAUGCUCUUGCCAAUAUACUGUAUGUACGUGUAUGUGCGCAAGUUCGUUGUGGAAGAAGUACAAGUGGAAGAAUGAAAAAGUGCUAAUUCGACGCUCUCGGGCGUACCCGACGCAAAGCGUCGCAGAUCCAGC